AGUGCAGCUCUGUGUGACAAACUGACAGCUGAUUGUGCUUUGUGAAUUUGCUCGUUUGUUUCUACUGUAAAAUAGACUCAAAAUCGAAUUCUGGUGCUAAGUACAUUUAAUAUUUGGCUCUUUCGUACAUUCGAAUUAAAAAUUACCAAUUCGCAAGCGGUUUUUUAUUUAUGGCAAUGUGAUUAUCUAAUUUCCUACCGCAAAGCCAACCGGAACGAUUCUACCAAUAAUAAUAUCGAUGUUUAACACAAACUGGUAACAGCGAAUCGUCCAUAAAUAUCAAAACAAACACACACACCGACUUAUGCAGAGAAAAAAGCAGGCACGGAUGAACCACUAGUGGCAACUGGAAAAUCAAUCAACAAGAACUGUGACGGCGACCAAUUCUACCACGCAAAAACAAACACUUGCCCCCCAAGGCAGCAAUUAAUCGAUAUAUCGAUAAGCUGCGAUCUGCGAUAACUACUGGCGCUUCAACAGUGCGAGGAUAACGAAGGCGAAACGAUUCGUAGGUCAAAUACAAAUACAAGCAAAAAAAAACGAACAAAUAGUUCAAUAGUCCGAUGCGAAUCUUCUUGAUCUGGGCAUAAGAGCAACGAGAAACGCGAAACAAUAAGGCCGAUCUGCAAUUGGUAAAAUGUCUGUGAGACUGUUAACCGUGCGACUGGUUAAACAUGGUCGUUACGUUCUACGAAGCUAUUGGAAUCGUGAUAUACACACCAACAUUUUGGAACAAGGCCAGUUAAAGACACGAAGCAAGCGAGGCUUUCCCCUAACAUCUGUCAAUGUUCUGCGGAACUCAGCGGCAACCCCUCCGCAGACGGCGAAUGUGUUGCCACGCUUCUGUCCGACCCGUCCAGCGAAUGGUGGCAUCUUUCGCUUUGGGCAACAUGCCCGCAAGCUCUUCAUCGACAACAUCUUGAGUCGUGUGACGAACAGUUACUCGGAGGAACUGCGUCAUCGGGCGACACGCAAACUCUUUUAUGGCGAUUCGGCGCCGUUUUUUGCAUUAAUCGGCGUUAGUCUCGCGACCGGUUCGGGUGUGCUGAGCAAGGAGGAUGAACUGGAGGGCGUUUGCUGGGAGAUACGCGAGGCGGCCAGUCGCUUGCAGAACGCCUGGAAUCACGACGAGAUAUCCGAAACGUUGAAUAGCAAUUUCAAUAUUGACAAACUUGAGGUGGGUCCACCAAUUGCCAAGGGCUGUGCGGCCGUUGUUUAUGCGGCCAAUUUCAAGGAGACUCCCGCAUCGGAUACGAUACACGGCGGCAACGAAACGAACACAGCGACUGCCGCCAACACAAUGAGCAGCUCCACCAACUGGAAUCACGAGAUGAUGUCGCCCUUGCAGAAUAUGUCGCGAUUCGUACACAAUUUUGGCGGAUCCGUCGAUAAUAUUUACAAUUACAGCCAGCCAACGGCGGCCGCCGCCUUUGUGGAUGGCCUUACCACAACAGCAACAACAGCAACGGCAGCUGGAGAACAGCCACAGCAGCUGGCCGAGGAGGAACGGGCUCUGCCAUCUGGCUAUACUGUGGAGGAUCUGGGACUGCCUGCUACCCAUAACUCGUCCUCGAUUGAUCGCUAUCCGCUGGCGCUCAAAAUGAUGUUCAAUUACGAUAUACAAAGCAAUGCGCUGUCCAUAUUGCGGGCGAUGUACAAGGAGACGGUGCCGGCACGUCAGCGUCGCAUGAAUGCCAGUGCCGAGGAAUGGGAGCGUCUGUUGCAGCAUCAGACAAUGACGUUGCCACCGCAUCCAAAUGUUGUCUGCAUGUUUGGCUUCUUUUGCGAUGAGGUGGGCAACUUUACCGACGGCCAUCUGCUCUAUCCGAUUGCCCAACCGCAGAGGAUCAAUCCGCAGGGCUAUGGACGGAACAUGUCAUUGUAUUUGCUAAUGAAGCGUUACGAUCACAGUCUGCGCGGCCUGCUGGACACCACUGAGCUAAACACACGCACCCGAAUCCUCCUGCUCGCCCAGAUGCUGGAGGCUGUCACCCAUCUGAGUCGGCACGGUGUCGCUCAUCGUGACCUCAAAUCGGAUAAUGUGCUGAUCGAGCUACAGUCGAAUGAUCAGUCGCCGCUGCUGGUGCUAUCCGAUUUCGGUUGCUGUCUGGCGGACAAGGUGCACGGACUGCGUCUGCCCUAUGCCGCCAAUGAUAUCGAUAAGGGCGGCAAUGCGGCACUGAUGGCGCCAGAGAUCUUUAAUACACAGCCGGGGCCAUUUGCAGUGCUUAACUAUAGCAAGGCCGAUCUGUGGGCCUGCGGUGCAUUGGCCUACGAAAUCUUUGGUCUGCCCAAUCCCUUCUAUUCAGCCACGGGCGGAUUGGCUCGUGCACAGGGCGAGCUCACUUAUUCGCUGAGAAAUAGCGAUUACAGGCACGAGCAGUUGCCGCCACUGUGCGAUGCGUGUCCGCCGCUGCUGCAACAGCUCAUCCACAAUAUACUUAAUCCCAAUCCGUCGAAGCGUAUUAGCCCCGACAUUGCCGCCAAUGUGCUGCAGCUCUUCCUCUGGGCACCAUCGAAGUGGCUCAAGUCUGGUGGCAUGCCAAACAGUCCCGAGAUCCUGCAGUGGCUGCUCUCGCUGACCACCAAGAUCAUGUGCGAGGGUCGUCCAAAUGGACAUGGCAUCGCUCAGCAGAGCGGCGGCGGUGGUCGGCAUGCGUACGUUGAGUAUAUGCUCAUCUGCAGCUUCCUGGUACGUGCACGCCUGCGUCGCAUCCGAGGCGCUUUGAACUGGAUUCAGAACGUGGUCACCACCGCCUAAAGGAUGACGGAUGUCGGGAAGAGCUGGAGCUUUUGGGCUGUGGACGUGCGUUGCUGUUUACAUCUUGUUACACUCAGAAGUAAAAAAAAAAACAGAAAAAGAAAAAGGAAAAAACGAAACAAAAAAAACCGUGUGAUACCUAAAAUAUAUAUAGUAUAUAUGCUUACAUAUAUAUAUAUUUAUAUGUACAUAUUUUAUAAAAAUUACAAACUUUAGCCGCAUACACAAGAAACGCUUUUACUUUUUGCAUAUGCCAAUCACAAUUGUUGGCAACAGCAGCCGAGUCGUUAUAGCCAUGUCCCACUGUCUGCUUCUGUGCAACCCCCCCCCCCCCCCCCCACAUCUUUAAUCCCACAAUUUUGCACGCACUUGCAAACAAAUAAAUUUCAAGUUUAGCAAUA